AUGGAGUGUAAAUCAAUUUUGGAUUGGCCAUUGGAUAUCAAGCUAGAUUUCUUAGAGUCUCUGGAUUCAAUUGCAUCCCUAAGGUCGAUUCUUCUAACAUGUCAUAUCUUCUUCGAUAUUUCUCAAACCCAGCUAUGGACUCCCAUUUACACGAAAGUACUCGAGAGAGAUAUUGGUGUCGCAGGUCAAGCGCUUGUAAAAAUGAGAAGAUUCAAAUCUAGAAGGACAGAAGUCGAGUUAAUCGAAGCUCUUCCCACAGUAGAAGACGAAAAGCCGAAAUCACGACAGCUUCAUCUUUCCGAACUAUUGUCAGUCCGUAAACCGGUACGGUUUUUCAGUCAUCUUUUUUUCCGCACUCGGUUUGAAAACCGGAGAAAAAAGUUCAAAAUCGAGGCCAGGCCAGAAGAUAUACUCGCAGAUAUGAAAACAAUCACCGAGUCGGAAUACGCCAGGGUAGAUGAAGCAUACUACACCCUCUGGUUAUACAAAGAACUGAACUAUAAUGUGGAAUUAAGGUCCCUUGAACAAGUUACCGCCAUGAACAACUGGGCGCUCUGGGAAGAAAAUGGGUCUCUUCGAGUUACUCCAGAUAUAGGCAUUUUAAGCCAUGUACUAAGGGUAACGAGUACAGAAAUUAUCUACCCUUACGUGCAACAUUACAACAGGACACUAAGUUUAGAAGAGCUUCACGCAAUUGUUGAUGUCAUUGAAGCUCUAUGCCUAUAUGAGAAACAUGGAGUAGCCUCAAUGCUCAUCACUCGGUUGGGAUUUGAUGGACUGCAAAAAGUGCUAGAAUCUUCAGAGGAACAAAUCCAGAAAACUAUCUCAGAUAUCUAUUGGUACCCUGUCGAAGCCGCCGCACAAGGAGUAACGCCUCCUAACAGUAUAACCCAAUUUCCGAGCCUUAUCACAGAUUUUUGGCGGUAUAUGGAACCAAAUUACAAAGGUGAUACCCGGAGAGUUUGGAAACAGCCUGGUGGGAUAUACAGAACGACAGUCGCACCAUGGAACCAAUACCCACCGUUUGAUAUCACGGCUCUUGUAUGGGACGAUGAGAGAUUGAAAUCUUGGGGGUAUUAUUAUCCAAUAGGUAUGGAUUUGGGAGGAAGCAAGCGUGCGUAUGAUAUGACUCUAGAGGAUCAGAUGUGUACUGAAGAUUGCAGUAUUUUAAGGUGCACUCAGCGGAACCCAGAAGACGAAUUCUCUUGCUUAGGAUGUGGUUUUGAUAUGGCGCACGUCCCCUUGAACAAAAUGAUUGAUUUCUUGAAUGAGGUACUAAUUCGCUCUCGAUACAGAAGCAUGGGACUGCUAGAGUAG